AUGGCUGGGCCGUUAUCCUUACUGCGCCUGCGUCGAGGCAUCUCGCUGGUGGGUCUCAUCACCGCGCUCUGCGGCGGUGCCGUGUUCGCCAUCUGGUAUGGCAUGAACUCGGAUCGCGACUAUAUUCACCCUGUCCUUACGCAUUUAAUUCCCGCCGGCCACUGUGCCUGCCAGACCUCUACGACCUUCCAAUGUUCCUCCUGCCUCACGUGCGCCAAAGAUGCUGCACCCGACCAGUCCACCGACCCCGCCUGGAAGUUCGAGUACCCUCGUGAUGCGCGCGACGAGGCUCUCAGCCAUGCGAAGUGCCAGGCCUCCUUCCCUGGCCUGUUUGAAGACGUGCAGCGGGGUGCGAAGCACUGGCGGUCGCACGGCGGAAUAGCGACCGAGGACCUCGACGCAAUCAAAAUCGAACAGGGCAUGGCCCGUGCCUUCAUUACCCAUGGAGACCUUCAUGUGGUGACUGCCCGCUCUAAGGGCGAAGAUCAUCGACGGAAAAUCUUGGGAGUGUUGGGAUCAAUACACCGCGCGCUGGCCGCUGACCCGGGUCGGGCGUCGCGACGCGAUAUUGAAUUUGUUUUCUCGGUGGAGGAUAAGGUGGACGACGUCACGAACCCGCACAACCCCGUCUGGGUAUUUUCACGCAUUCCCAGCGAGGAAGGCGUUUGGCUCAUUCCGGACUUCAGCUUCUGGGCUUGGGACAACCCCAAUAACCAACUUGGUCCCUAUGAUCAGGUGGUGGACCGCGUCAAGCGCCUGGAUAUUCCCUGGUCAGAGAAGAAACCCCAACUUGUCUGGCGAGGCAAGCCCAGCUUCGCACCCAAGCUGCGCCGCGCGUUGAUUGAGGCGGCCCGCGAUAAGCCGUGGGCCGAUGUCAAACAGGUAGAUUGGUCGACCGGGGCAAACGUGCUGAAGAUGGAAGACCAUUGUCAUUACAUGUUCAUUGCGCAUGUCGAAGGACGGUCUUACUCCGCUUCCCUUAAGUACCGACAGGCUUGUAAUUCGGUGAUUGUCGCGCACAAGCUCCAGUUUAUUCAGCAUCACCACUACCUGUUGGUGGCGAGCGGUCCCAACCAGAACUACCUGGAGGUGGAGCGAGACUUUAGUGAUCUUGGCGAGAAAAUCGAGCCGCUGAUCAGCGACACCGAGGCGGCUAGGCGUAUCGCCAACAACAGCGUUAAAACGUUCCGCGAGCGCUAUUUGACCCCUGCAGCUGAGGCAUGCUACUGGCGGUCACUAUUUGACGGGUAUUCGGGGGUUUGGAACAGCACCGUUGAUUCAUGGUCGGAAAGCAAGCAAACAGAACGCGGACUGCGCUAUGAAUCCUUCGUGCUGCUGGAGAGCCCGAAGAUGUUUGAAUUCGAUGCCACCACUGCCCCACAGGGGACCGCAUGA